UUGCGCUCUCGUGUUUCGUCAGUGAUGACGAUCCCGUGCCUCCCCCCCAUACGAGGCAUGUCUCCUCCACACCACAACGCUCCUGCUGCUUCCUCGCAUGAAUUUACCGCGCCGUUGACUCUUCCCAGCUGAACAGACUACCUCACCGUAGGGUUGGACGGUGUUUGUCCGGCGCUCCGACCGUAGCCGCCCCCGGCAGCUGUGCCCUCUGCUCCCGAAGGCAGUCCCCGUCAUGACCUCCCCUUUCUGCGAUUCUGCCGAUAUCCGCUAAAUGGGCUUCGUGGCUGGCCCGAGGUUUCCACAGCAACUGGCCAUCCGCUUCCAGCAUUUCUCUAAUGAGGACAGCCCCAAGGAUUUAACACGAUUCCUCGCUGCGCGUCUCUGGUUUUUGGGCUGAAUCUCCAGACGCGUCAAAGGUCUGCACAUGGGGGCGGGCAAAAGCAAGCCCAAGGAGCCGGGCCAGCGCUCCAUGAGCCUGGACGGCACCAUCGGCUCAGGUUCAGACAGCGGGCGCUUCCACCACCUGGGACCCGCACAGCAGACCCAAACCCCCAACAGGAGCCCUGCCGUUGGGACAGGCAGGCGGGGGCAUCAAGGACAUCACCAACUCGCCCCGACAAACACUCCUGAGCUGGCUCUCUUUGGAGGGGUGGACCAUACAGGCACCAUCACCUCGCCUCAGAGAGGACCUUUGUCAGGAGGUGUCACUACAUUUGUGGCGUUGUAUGAUUAUGAGUCACGGACAGCGUCUGAUCUGACCUUUAGGAAAGGCGACAGGCUGCAGAUUGUCAACAACACGAAAAAGUACAGCUUCAGAGAAGGGGACUGGUGGCUCGCUCGCUCACUGACGACAGGAGAAAGUGGUUAUAUCCCCAGCAACUACGUGGCUCCGUCCGACUCCAUCCAAGCAGAAGAGUGGUAUUUUGGGAAGAUCACUCGGCGCGACUCCGAGAGGCUCCUUUUAAACGUACAGAACAGACGAGGAACCUUCUUGGUGAGGGAGAGCGAGACCACUAAAGGGGCAUAUUGCCUGUCAGUGCUGGAUUAUGAUAACACCAAAGGCUUGAAUGUUAAACAUUACAAGAUCAGGAAGCUGGAUAGCGGAGGUUUCUACAUCACCUCCCGCACCCAGUUCACCAGCCUACAGCAGCUAGUCUUCCACUACCGCAAGCACUCUGAUGGGCUCUGCCACGCUCUGUCAGAUGUGUGUCCUGUGGCCAAACCUCAGACGCAGGGACUGGCCAGGGACGCCUGGGAGAUUCCCAGAGAGUCCCUCCGCCUCGACCUUAAACUGGGACAGGGCUGCUUUGGAGAAGUUUGGAUGGGCACAUGGAACGGUACAACACGGGUAGCCAUUAAGACCCUAAAGCCUGGCACCAUGUCUCCAGAGGCCUUUCUUCAGGAAGCACAGGUCAUGAAGAAGCUGAGGCACGAGAAGCUCGUCCAGCUGUAUGCUGUUGUUUCUGAGGAGCCUAUCUACAUUGUGACAGAAUAUAUGAGCCAAGGGAGCUUGCUGGACUUCCUUAAAGGGGAAGCCGGAAAGAUGCUUCGUCUGCCUCAGCUAGUAGACAUGUCCGCUCAGAUUGCAGCAGGCAUGGCCUACGUGGAGAGGAUGAACUACGUCCACAGAGACCUGCGCGCUGCCAACAUCCUGGUGGGAGACAGCCUGGUGUGUAAAGUGGCUGACUUCGGCCUGGCAAGACUCAUUGAAGACAACGAGUACACUGCGAGACAGGGAGCUAAGUUUCCUAUCAAGUGGACGGCGCCGGAGGCCGCUCUGUACGGCCGCUUCACCAUCAAGUCAGAUGUCUGGUCCUUCGGUGUGCUGCUCACAGAGCUGGCAACUAAAGGCAGAGUCCCCUAUCCAGGUAUGGUUAACCGCGAGGUGCUGGACCAGGUGGAGCGCGGCUACAGGAUGCCCUGCCCGGCAGAGUGCCCCGGCUCUUUGCACGAGCUCAUGCUCUCCUGCUGGAGGAAGGACCCAGAAGAGAGGCCUACGUUUGAGUACCUGCAGGGCUUCCUAGAGGACUACUUCACCUCCACAGAACCCCAGUAUCAGCCUGGGGAGAACCUAUAGAACCACACACUGAACCGAACCCGGGGGGGGGGGGGGGGGAGAACCUCAACACAGAACGAUCUGCACUAACCGACCUCAGAGGAUGUGGGAGGAUCUGAGCCUGUGAAACUCAUCUGGGAGGAACUUGAGAUUCUUCUGUGGAAGCAAAAAAAACAAACCGAGACAGAAGAAACCUGCAGAAGUCCCAUCGUGUGCCAUAAAGAAACUACUACAGAAGAACCUGAAGAACCUCCUUUCUGCAAGCACUCACUGUUUACUGAAGGUCAGGGUCAAGGCUGGAGAGGAGAACUCCUGGUGGACAGACUCUGGCUCUGAUUUGAUGCUUUUUGAAAGGUGCGACUUGAUGUGGGAGGAACCGAAUCAGGAUCUACAGACGGAGCGAGGGGGUAGAGAAUAAACAUCCUGUUGAAGAGAGAAGGUCAAGGGAGGAUAUUUCGGGCAUGAGCUGUUUAGCGAAACCUCCCUCUUUCCCUCUUCUGUUGUGUUUCUUCACCCUCUCCUGGUACCUUUUUCCGCCCACAGAAGAGCACCGCCACCGUGGCUCAGGUGCCAAAGGAAAGUCCGUCUCUCUUAACGUCCUUUAUCUCCCUUCUGCCUCUCUCCUCUCUUCCUCUAUUUCUGUCUGACUUUCAGUAUCUCCCUCCAGUUUUCUCAAGUGCUGCUUCUUCAAAGUGUCUCCAAAUAACUCUGCUCUGGAACUCUACUUUGCAUCUUUAUUUAUGUUUACUUGGACAAUAUGGAGUUUAAGGUUUUCAUUAGUGGCGGACAAAAAAAAGUUCCUGAUUUCCCUUCAUUCUUUCUGUGAUUUAUUAAUAGGCAAGGUUGUUAGAGCCACUGUCAUGGUAGUGCCAGGGUAAAUGUACUCAACAGGCAGGUUGUGUAACACUGAAAAUGAGGUCAAUUGAAUUACAAUUUAAGGCCUUUCUUUCGUUUAUCCCUCCUUCUCUUUUCUAGCUGUAUUUCUUGACAUACACUGAAUGGCCAUUGCGGCCAGCUGGAUCCAACCUCGACAAUUAAAAAUGAUUUUGAUGCAGAUAGUGUUUUGCUUGUUGUUUUUGAUUGACCCUAAUUUAACUGGAAAGUUGUAUUGAAAGUAAUCAGUACUGUCAUGGUGACACUAAAAAGCAGUUUUAAUAGUAGCCAGCUCGUUUCCUCAGAGGCACAAGUGGGGAAACUUUCAUCAAACAUGUAUGCGACCCACUAAGAGGCUAAUAUGGCUACCAAACCAAUCAUUUUACUGUUUAGUAUUCAGCCCAGCUCAACCCUGAGUGUAAAAGCCUACUUUGUUGUGUGCCAAACAAAUCACAUUUCUUUACCAUGUAUAUAAUGUUUUAUUAUCAAGGGGCUCACUUAGGGUGUUCUUAAACAGGCAAUUGUUUCCCUAAAUCUUACACUAAAACUCUGCACCGUUUCACCAGUAAACGUCAUGUUGGUGAGUAAACUGGACGGAUACACUUCAAAAGGUUUUCAUUCACUUCGCAGCUGUUGUGUCAAUGGAAAUAUGCAACCAGGCGGCCCUAAUGAAACUGUACAACUUCAAUCAGGUAACCCUAAUGAAACUGUUUAUGACUUACUAUAAGAGUUGAUUUUCAGACCAGUUAGCAUGCUUUUGUGCCGUUCUCUUGACCAUUGGCUGGGUUUGUAUUUAUGCUGUACUGUACAUCAACAUGUGUAUGUUUACUUUUACUCAAGUGAAUCGGAGGGGAUCAUAAACGGACAUUUGUGCCAUCAACCUAUAAUUGUUGUUUUUUUAAUAUCUUACCCACGGCUGCCAGCUCUCUCUCAUCCUGUACAUACUGUAGCUCUUUAGGGUUGGUUUUGUAUCAUGUAAGCCACUUUCAAAUGGCAGGUAUUUAUGUUGGGUGUCACACAUUUCACAGUGGUUUAGUUUAGGAUGUAGUCGAUGCAGCAACGGUAGAUCAAGUUAUAGAUUGUUUGCUAACAAAUACUAUGAAACCAGUUAUCAAGAUAUGAGCCAUUCAGCAAUAAGAGAUGGCCCAUUCCCCCGAAAACCAUGAAGUUAUUAUCCGGCGAUUCUGAAUCCUGACGGCUAAUUUAAUCAAUAACGUGGGCGCUUGUGAAACCACAAUGGAAAAGGAGUUUGGGUUGUGAUAUGACGUGAAAAAUGAAGUCAAAGAUGUAAAUAGUAUCUUAAACAAAUGACUGUGACUAUCAUGUACUUUGUUUUUGUAUUGUUUUCCUUUUAAUUGCACCUCCAUGUCGAGGUUUUUACAAUGACACACGCCUGCUCCCAAACUGUUUUAAUAAUAGGACGCUACUGUAAAUGGGGCUUAAGGAAUGUUUUCUUUUUUAAUAUUGGACUUAUUACUUCUGCAAAAGACCAUUUUUAAAAUUGGGCUUGACAAAAAUAUAUAUAUAUAUUUCCGAGAACAUCAGUGCUCUCCUCUUUAAGAAUUGGAAAUCCCCUGUUUUGCGCUGACGCACUGGACCGCCUGUCAGUCACUGGGACAAUGUGGAAGUUGAUGGUCAUGACUAAUAUGAGUAACGCCAAGUCUGAUUGGAUUUUCUGUGCCAUAUUAAACAAGUGUCUCUGUCUUUUUAUGUUUUAUUUUUUUAUGAAUCUAUGCAGUUUCGGUCUGGCAUUCCUGCAACUUCAUGGCCAUUUGGUUCUAAAGUGAAAAACAAUGAUCAUAAACAAGGUGUGAGCAUUUUGUAAGGACUUCUUUUCGUCUUUUUUUUUGUUUGUUUACGAUGUAACAGGAUUGAAAUGGGUAUCGUGCCACUUUAUGUUGAUCUUUAAAUGUGCAAUAAAUUAUAUUUCAAAUGUG